AUGCCGACGCCAUCUCAUAAUGAAGCAGUCAUUAAUCUUCGCCGCGACGACCAAGACGAAGGCGGGGAGGACGACGAGGAUGAAGAGCAGACGCACGCCCUCGAGGCCGUGCUGACGGGUAUCGAAGCGCGUCACCGUAACGGCGACCAUGUCCUGGUGUCUGUCGCGAAGCGCAUCGGCGUAACGCUGCAGAUUGCCAUGAUCGAACUGUUCCUGACUGCGGUGUCGGGGACAGAUGCGACGGUGAUUCCCCAGGCCGCCAAGGCACUCGGAGCGAGUGAGGCUGCGCAGUCAUCUUGCCACAGCCUGGACAAGAUGUCGGCCUCCCUGCUGUACGCCAUCACGGCCUUUGUGGGGCCCAUGGUAGGCGCCAUGAUAGGCGCUUGCAUCGGCCCGUCCGAGUCGGUGAGCUGGCGAUGGGCGGAGCGGAGCAUGCUCAUCUCGUCAGGCCUCGUGCUGGCCAUCGUCUGCCUCCUCAUGCUUGAGACGUACGGACCGCUGCUGCUACAGUGGAAGGCGGCCCACUACCGGGCCAUGACGGGCGACGACCGGUUCCGUUGCGAGCACGAGAUCGGAGAUGCCACGCUAUUCAGCCGCCUCAGGAUCAGCAUGACGAGGCCCUUUGUCAUGAUCACCGAGCCCAUCAUCGUUGCCAUGGCCUGCUACAUCACCGCCGUCUACGCCGUGCUCUUCACCUUUCUCAUCGGCUGGCCAUACUUAUUUGAGAGGAUGUACGGCAUCCACCAGGGCCUGUCCAACAUCAUCUUUCUAUCUGCGCUCGUCGGCAUCACAGGUAUCUUCCUAUGCGUCUACAUGUACAUCAUUGACUCCUACGAGAUCUACUCGGCCUCGGCCCUCACCUUCGUCGCCCUCAUCAGAUACGUCGUCGCUGGAGAGAUGACCGUCGUCGGCAUACCCUUUUACGAGAACAUGGGCACCUGCUCUAUACCCUGA